GGAUAAACACUCGGCGGUGGCGGCUGGGCUCCGGGCUCCGUGCUGUCCCAUCGCUGCCCCUCCUGGCUGGCCAGCGCGGCGGCUCCUCGGUGUUCCCGGCCGGCGGCCCGCGGGCACGGAGAGGCGGCCCGCCGGGUGCAGGAUGGCGACAGCCGUCGGGAUGAACAUCCAGCUGCUGCUGGAGGCGGCCGACUACCUGGAGCGGCGGGAGAGAGAAGCUGAACAUGGGUAUGCCUCCAUGUUGCCAUACAGUAGCAAGGACAGAGAUGCCUUCAAACGGAGGAACAAGCCCAAGAAGAACAGCACCAGUAGCAGAUCAACUCACAAUGAGAUGGAGAAGAACAGGCGUGCUCACCUCCGUCUGUGCCUAGAGAAGCUAAAGGGAUUGGUGCCGCUGGGCCCUGAGUCAAGCCGACACACCACCCUGAGUUUGCUGACAAAAGCCAAAUUGCACAUAAAGAAACUUGAAGAUUGUGACAGAAAAGCUGUCCACCAAAUAGACCAGCUUCAGCGGGAGCAGCGGCACCUGAAGCGGCGGCUAGAGAAGCUGGGUGCUGAGAGGACUCGGAUGGACAGCGUGGGCUCUGUAGUGUCCUCAGAGCGCUCCGACUCUGACAGGGAAGAGCUGGACGUGGACGUGGACGUGGACGUAGACGUGGACGUGGAGAGCACAGACUACCUCAAUGGGGACCUGGGCUGGAGCAGCAGCGUGAGUGACUCGGAUGAGCGAGGCAGCAUGCAGAGCCUGGGCAGUGAUGAGGGCUACUCCAGUGCCAGUGUCAAAAGAGCCAAGCUCCAGGAUGGGCACAAGGCAGGCCUCGGGCUAUAGGAGAGGGCACACCCAUCCUCUCCACCUCACCUGGUUAGGUAGUGUACCAGACCUGUCCAGACGCCCUUGCACGCAAACCUCAUGUACCACCUUGCCCACUAUCAGCUCUGUCCGCUUUGCAGAAAGCACAUAGGGUUGUGGUCGUGAGUGCGGUCAGUAGCUUCUCUGUCCAUACAUGUCGACGCUGAGAGACUGUACAUUCCAGUCAAUUCAGAGCACCCAAGAAUCCUUACCCCAAGCAAGUUUCACCUUCCAGCAGCCUCUGUGCACUGUCCUGCAGCUGAUGAGAUCUUCCUUAGUUUUCUGGCUCACGAUGGUACCUGCCCAGGAGAGAAGUUCAAGCUUUGUCUGGCACAUAGGAAACCGCAGCAAACAAACUUCUCAAAGGGAACUCAGUCUCAGAAACCCCAAAGGAAGCUUUGAAAGCAAAACCGAAGAGCACUGAGAAGCCCGGAGCACCGUCAGCAAGCCCUGCUGUGGUCCUGCCAUGGUGCUGUGGUGGCCCUGCUUAAAAGCAGGCACUCGGCAGCUCAGGAGAACAGUGUGCCCCCUGCAUGCUGUUCUGGGGGCUUGGUGUGUGCUGUGUCUCAAGACACCCCCGUGCCCCGAGUUUGUUGAUGCUACUUGUCUCUGGAACAUUGUCCUACCUCAGAGAUAGAUGAGAUCUCCAUUGUUCGCAUAACGAAAGUGACUGCUUCUUUGUCCCCUCAGUCCCCUCCACCUGCGUCCUUGUCGGGUUCCCAGCAAUAACUGAGUUUUGGCAGUGGCUGAGCUGGUAGCCACUGUCUGUGAGAGAAAGAAGCCACACUUCUUCUCCGUGGCAAGUGAACAGGAAGGUUCCACGUGUCACCAGAACCCUCCUGCUAAGUUAUUUUUGAACACAUCUGAAAGUUUCCUUCUGGAGACUUCCAGGUCUGUGGCUUAAAAGGAUGAUUCUUUUCCCCCUUGUGGCAUUUUUAUUUAAGGUAAACCAGAGCACAUGUGUAUGUACAUAAGACACACAACACCUAUAAAUACUAUUUAUUCAUUUUAUAUAAACUAAUGUAAUGCAAUAUAAAUUCUUAUGACUGCUUUUAUAGAUGUUCUAGAAACUUUGUACGUAGCUGUCUACAAAAUUAAUUCAUUCCCCUGAAUAUUUUUGCAUUCAUAUUUUGAGGUCUGGAUGUUUUCAGUCUCUGGUGAGUCUUUUUCACUGAGUCUGAACCAUCUGUAAAGUCUGCACUCUGCGGCCGAGCCUGUGCCACCAGGUGAUAGGACAGUCCUGAGAUCCACAGGUGUCACCUAAGGGCUCCACAGCUGACUCGGCAGCAGGCGGCCACACAGUCACGCACUCCCUCCUCAAGUCCAAACAUACCCUGGCAGAGAGAGCAGUCCUAGCCACACAAGGUCACUGUGGAUGUCAUGUGUUCCUUGAUGGUCCCAAAGUCCUGUUUAGGCUUUUUUUUUUUUUUUUUUUUUUUUUUUUUCUACUUUUUGGAGUAUUUUCCAAAAACCAGCUGAAAAUUAGCACAGAAACACAGCUUGGAUGCCAUUUCAUUUGUAAAGCCCCUUCCGGAGCCUAAGCAGAGUGCAGAUGUUCAGGGAGCUGGCCAGGCCUGGCUCUAGAUACAGCUGUGCCUGCAGGUCCCCAUGGAUCCCCACCUGCUAGACCUCGAGGGCAUGGUAUCUGUUCACUGUACCCAAAGCCAUCAGAAAGUCAGGACUACAGGAGAAGGCUACAGGCUGCAUGGGGGGGGAACAAACUUAUACACGUAUUUAUUUCACUUGGAAGGUGUCUAAAAGAUGCCGCCAUUCUCUAUGUUUUCAUUGUUGUGCCUUUGAGUUAAACUGCUUUUCAUUUUUAUUUUUAUUUUUUUGUCUUUCAGUUGAAAUAUGACGUGUACUGUCCCAACAUAAAACAGUGAUUAUUUGACCUUU